GCGCCUGCGCGCGGAGCGGUGCGUUCCGGGACCUGUAGUUUCCCGGGCUGGGUUGCGCGAGUUCCGGUUUGUGUCCAGCCAGGUGCUGGAGACUCCGCCGCCGCGAACUAUCAGACCUUUGAACUCCCAGGACCUCACCUUUCAGCCUCCUCUCAUGCACAUGUCUUGGGGGACUACAGUGAUCAGGAGUGAACUCAGAGUUGGCCUACCAUGAACUGGCAGGUUCUGGAACACGUGCCCCUGCUGCUGUAUAUCCUGGCAGCGAAGACAUUGAUUCUCUGCCUCGCGUUUGCGGGAGUGAAGAUGUACCAAAGGAAGAGAUUAGAAGCCAAACAGCAAAAUCUAGAGGCCGAAAAGAAGAAGCAAGCAGAGAAGAAAACUAACUGAAGAGAAAUAGAAGGUUUGGCCACUUAGGUGUCAGCUCGGGUGGACUCCAGCGGAGGAGAAGGAGGAGCACUUAGUCACCGAAGGAUAAGUUCAAGGAGAAAUUCCCAACCUCUACCUUUAAUGUCAAAUAGUGUGAAUUUUUGUAUGCUUUUGAAAGAAUCAGUAUUUUGAUUACUAAAAUAAAAUACCUUUGUAAAAAGGGCUGUCCCUA